AUGAUACAGCGGUUUGAUGGGAGCACAGAGGUACGUGCCGGCACGGGUAAGGAAGGCAGCAGCAACUCGGCCAAGAUCCGGAUGGGGGACGGACUGCUGGUGAGCAUGUACACGCGCAAGCAGGGGACGAUGACGAUGACUACAACCUCUCCCUUACGGCGGGACCUAGGAGAAGCCGUCGCUAGUAGCAUGGCAUCUAAAGACACCCCGCCGGCGGCGGGACGAACGUCAUCGUCAGAGGUCAUGACCUCACAGCAAGGUCUUCUCCGCGUCUGCCUGGACCCUCUCCGGCCACUGUCACAAGACCUCAGCGUUGACCUCUGCUACGAACUGGACGUGCCUCCAGGCAAGAAAGUCGACAGCAUCAACUGCACGUUUCUACGGCCAGACGACGAUCCAGCCAAAGUUUUCAGCACGCUAGGGUGCGUGCUCAUCAGUCGCACAGACACUGAGGUGUGCUGCCGUUGCUUACACACCACAAACUUUGCGCUGCUGAUGCAGAUUUCUGACAUUAAGCUCAGCAAAGCGGACGAGGUCGCCCUAGAAUACCUAACGAUGAUCGGACUCUGUCUAUCUAUAGUCAGUCUAGGAAUCUCCAUCGGCAUACUGCUAUGUCUACCACAUCUACGGUCUGAGAGAGUGUUUAUACUGAAGAACCUCUGCUUUGCUCUGCUCACUGCGCAGAUUCUCUUCCUUGCUGGGGUCGAGCAGGUCGACAAUCACGACGUGUGCAUCGCCGUGUCGGCUCUGCUGCACUACUUCUUCCUCGCAACGUUCUUCUGGAUGCUGUGUCAGGGCAUCAACGUACUCCUCAUCGUCGCCAGCGCCCACAAACCUGACGCUGACGCACCCUCGAAGACGCAACUGAUCGUCGCGCAUUGCGUGAUCGGUUGGGCGACGCCUGCCGUCAUCGUCGGCGUCAGCGUCGCGGCAAAGACGCAAGAUUACGCUCCUGGAAACUACUGUUGGCUCUCGAACGAGACAGGACUAAUUUACGCCUUCGUUGGACCGGCCAUGUUCGUAGUACUGAUAAAUACUAUCAUCAUCGUUGUCGCCAUCGUCAAGUUCGCGGGUCUGCGUAAGCAUGGCGUGCAGUACGAGCGGCAGCAGCAGAAGGCCGUAGCAGGUCUGCGGGCAGGUGUCGUGCUCAUCCCCGUGAUGGGACUUACUUGGAUCUUCGGCCUGAUGGCGUUUAGCGAGGCGACCAUCGCGUUCCAGUAUCUGUUCGUGAUCCUUAAUACCACACAGGGCGUCACCAUCCUGAUUGUCGGCGUCAUAAUGAACGAGGAGGUGAAGGCGGAAUACCGUAGAGUGGCGUCAUCCAAAAUCGAUGAGUCAUCUGGCCCGACGAUGAUGGUCAACCUCCGAUCAGGAGACAUGCAGUUAUUCAAGCAGCCGAUUGAUAACUGGGCUGAGUGAUUUAGCUCCCCCUGGUGAUCCAGGAGAAUUCCCAUUCUAUUUCUUUUAUUCUAAA